AUGGUCCGUGCGAGUUCCCGAGUACCCGAGUACCCGCACUUCCUGCCUGGCUAUUCGAACUGUCUUUCUGAUAUUCUCAUCCCACAUGGAGUCUACGACCAGUCCAAUUUACAGCAAAGCGACACGCUCGUCGUUGGCGUGCUUGCCAUGUCGAUCGCGCCACGUGAAAUGCGACGGCAAACAACCAUCCUGCAGCCGCUGCCUCUGGAAGAACGGCGCAAAAAGUUUGCUACGGCAGAGAAUGCAGUGCCAGUAGCUAAGCCAAGUCCGCAACGAUCGGCGGAUGGUCAGAUUUGUCCAGAAGUUGCUGGGGAGCUUCCUGAUAGCUUCAGCCAGCUCCAACAUUUUGACACGGGUGAUGAGACUACAGGCGUGACAUCGUCACCAGAGUUUCUACUUGAUAUCCACGAUAUUCAGAAAGACUCAUUGAUCGAUGCUUACUAUACCAACUUUCACAAAUUUCAUCCCUUUCUACUGCCGCGGAAACACUUCACGCGACUAUAUCAAGAUCCGAGCAGACAGUCCACAUUUAGGCCGCUCAUCGCAGUCAUGCGCCUUAUUGGGCAUAUCUAUAACGCACGAGGAUGGUCAAUCGCGCUAGAGGAUCACAUAAAGGCCACCUUCUCGCAAAUAUCCCCAACAGACCCUGCUAUGGUCCAGUGCCGACUUCUAUAUUCCAUAGCACUAUUUUGGUAUGAACGCAAAGCAGACGCCAAAUCACAAGUGGACGCUGCGAUCUGGCUAGCCACUGAGUGUAGAUUAUUUGACCAGGAAUUUGCGUCGAAACAUGAAGCCGGUGAUCCCGUUUUGCAGGAAUGCUGGAGGCGGACGUGGUGGAUGCUAUAUAUUGUGGAUGCAUAUUAUGCGGGGACUUUGGGGGCUAUGAAUUUUAAGACCUUCGCUAUUGAGUCUACAGUCGAUUUGCCCUGCGAAGAGUGGGAAUAUGAGUCUGGAGAUAUUCCAGAGCCUAAAACCCUGGACGAGUUUGACAGUCGUGAAUUUUCCCUCGACGAGACCGUAUUCUCAUCAUUUGCAUAUUUGAUCGGUGCUGUGCGAUGUACAGCCUUGGCAAUAUCCACAGUACCAAAGGCUGCCAACAAAGAUGACUCGCUACGAAUGAUUCAAGCAGCGGACUCGGCCCUGACGGGGUGGCUACUCCUAUUACCCAAGACACAAAAGCAAGUUAUGAGCAAGGCUGGGGAAAUUGAUGAGUUGAUGUUUCAGGCACACAUGCUCAUACAUGUUGCCACCAUCGGCUUACACCGGCCGCUCUCAGAUCUCAAAUUCAGCCGCGCAGAGGGUAUCUCGAGCUGUGCCCGCGAACCGCCCCUUGACACUCAAACACCGGAUCUUGUGAACGUGCACACAAUCCGAGUCCUCCGGUCCGCCGAAGCACAGAUUGGGCUUCUAGCGUUAACGGCCCAACGUUUUCACCACACCCCAUUCUCUACCUGUAUGGCUAGCGAAGGAACCCUGGCAUUGAUUGCUGCAUGUACGUUUCGACUGGCGGGAACAGAAUUAACAAUUGCCAGAGGGCAGAUCCGAAUGACCAUUGGGUGUCUAAAGGCAUUGGGAGAGAUUUGGCCAAGAACAGCGAGAAACGUGCGGGAGAUCCAAACAAUUGCCAAUCAUAUCCUGGGGCUUGGAUCUAAAUCUACAAGUGACAGCGGAACCAGGUCAAGUGAUGUGCCAGAUUUAUCUGGUGGCGAAGGACAGGGAAGUGUGGGGUCGGAAUUUGAGGUAUCGAGCGACAACAUGGAUGCAUUGCCAUCCUUGGCUUUCAUUGAUGAUCUUUGCGGGUGGUACGGCAUUGGUGACCUUGAUCCCAAUCUUUCUUAUGAUGAAAUGAACAUAAUUGAAUAA